AUGCCGUCACGCGCGUCCCAGUCCAAGAAAAGGAGGCUUGGAGUGCCUUCCAUGGCCCGCACCGAGGAGGAUGAGGAAAGGGACCUCGAAGCCCGUCUCUUCGGCUCGCGGAAACAACCCACCUUCACUGCGGCUCAUGACAAUUCGGACGAUGAGGGCGAAACCGGCCUGGGAUGGGUAAAGGACGACGCGCUCUUUACGGUGGAUAUUCCUGCAGCAGGAGCAGCCGGCGAUGAGAACGCAUUCAACCACUUUGGCAGCGACAUCUCGGAAGAUGAAAUGGAGCCCACGCUCGAGUUCCCCGAGGAAUUGGAGCUGGACGAGCAGGAGACGACAAGCCAAGGUUCACUCUGGCAUGACCCUGCCGAUAAUGCUGUUUCUGUCUCCCUUCAGAGCAACAAGCGGCUUCGGAAACUGGCGCGUGGUCGUGGCGAGGAGGAUCAAGUCAGUGGCAAUGACCUUAGCCGCAAACUACGCGAGCAGUUUGAGCGUAUACAUCCCAAGCCUCAAUGGGCGUCGCGCCGUGUCGGCAAGGGGAUUCCCACGAUCCAAAAGCUCCUUUCUUCCACUUCAUCUUUCGUGUCAGCUGGGGACAGCAACGGUCGCGCCCCGCUGCCCUCCACAUUUAUCGAUAUCCAGCGCUUGCGCAACGCCAAUGAGCAGAACCCCACGACUGGUUCAAAAGAGGCGACGAACGCUGGGUCAGGUGUUGUCGACUUCGCGUGGCACCCCUCUACAAGGUUGUCGGUCAUGGCGGUCGCCGGUGGCGACAGGAGGGUUCGCUUCUUCAACAUUGAUGGCCAUACCAACUCGGCACUGUUGACGCUUCACAUCCCAUCGCUUCCCUUGACGCGCUCGACAUUCCACCCCUCGGGAUCUUCGCUGCUCCUGACGGGCUCUCGUCCCUUCUACUACACGUAUGACCUCGCGGCUCAAGUCUGUGUCCGCUCUCCCCGCAAUUUGUUCGGGUCAGCGCCGAGCCCCACGAGUCCUCAGUCUUUGGACCGACACAAAUUCUCACCAGAUGGCUCUCUCUUGGCCGUGGCUGGCAGAAGAGGAUGUGUCACAGUCCUUGAGUGGGGAAACGGAGGCAGCACGGGCGUGGUGGUUGGCGAACUGCGCAGCGGUCGUGGCGGCUCUGUGGCUGACCUUGCCUGGAGUGAGGACGGCUCCCGGCUGAGCGUUUUGGGCGGGCGGAAUGGUAGUGAGGUGGAAGUGUGGGAUGUCGGAGAGAGGAGGGUUGUCCGCCAGUGGAAGGAUGACGCUGCCUUCGGAGGUCUCUUGAUGAGGCAGAAUGGAGACUACACGGCAAUUGGCACAGGUAUUGUGAGCCUGUACCGCUCAGCUGGACUGUCGGCUUCGGCCAACACAUCGGCGCCUGAUGUGGAGCCUCACAAAAGCUUUGAGCACUUGACCACACCAAUCACGUCCAUGGCAUUCCACCCGGGCGGAGAGCUGUUUGUUUCGGCCAGCUCGGCCAAAAAGGACGCGCUGAAGCUGUACCAUCUCCCGUCAGGCACCGCGUUCUCCAACUGGCCCACUCUCACCACUCCACUUGGACGCGUUAGCUGCACGGGCUUUUCGUCAGGUGGCGAUUACAUGGCCAUUGGUAACACCAAGGGUUCUGUUCUGCUCUGGAGUCUUAAGCAUUACGCCAAUUAG